AUGUCGAGGACAAUCAAGUUUGUAAUCUUCUUGCAGGAUGGUCGCAAAAUCAGUGUUGGUGAUUGUGCACUUUUCAAACCUCCUCAGGAUUCUCCACCUUUCAUUGGUCUAAUUCGCUGGUUGACUUCAAAGAAAGACAAUAACUUACAUUUAGGAGUCAAUUGGCUUUAUCGACCAGCUGAGCUAAGGCUUGGAAAAGGCUCUCUGCUGGACAGUGCUCCGAACGAAAUCUUUUAUUCAUUUCACAAGGACGAGAUACCUGCUGCCUCAGUACUUCAUCCGUGUAAAGUUGCAUUUCUUCCUAGAGGUGCAGAACUUCCCACAGGGACAUCCUCUUUUGUUUGCCGGCGCGUCUAUGACAUUGAGAACAAGUGUUUAUGGUGGCUAACAGAUCAAGAUUACAUUAAUGAGCUACAGGAAGAAGUAGACCAGCUCUUAUACAAAACAAGGUCAGAAAUGCAUGAUCAUUCAGCUGAUCCUGUCAAACGAGAUCGUUCUUCAAGGACAGAAGACAGCGGUUCUGCUCAGUACAAAGCUGAAAGUAGUUUGAAAUCUGAUAUUGCAAGAAUAACAGAAAAUGGUGGAGUUGUGGAUUUGGAAGGGAUUGAGAAGCUUGUCCAAUUAAUGCAAUCUGAUAGAGCGGAGAGAAAAAUGGAUUUGACUAGUCGUUUGAUGCUUGCCGGUGUAAUAGCUGCCACUGAGAAGGUUGAGUGCCUUCAGCGAUUUGUUCAGCUCAGAGGUUUACCUGUAUUGGAUGAGUGGCUCCAGGACAUCCAUAAAGGAAAAGUUGGCAGUGGUAAUAGUUCAAAGGAUUGUGAUAUAUCUGUUGAGGAAUUUCUUUUGGUUUUACUUCGUGCACUUGAUAAACUUCCAGUGAAUCUUCAUGCCCUUCAAAUGUGCAAUAUUGGCAGAUCUGUGAAUCAUCUACGUUCAAAUAAAAACGUGGAAAUUCAAAGGAAGGCACGGAGUUUAGUUGACACAUGGAAGAAAGGUGUUGAAGCAGAAAUGAUUAGUAUUGAUGCAAAGUCUGGUUCAACCCAAGGGACAUCUGUGUGGUCUUCAAAAUCACGCCUUACCGAGGCAUCCCAUGCCGUGAAAACUCCAACUGGGUCUGAUGUUGCCAUGAAAAGCUCAAUUACACAGCAGUUCGCAUCUAAAGCUAAUUCUAUAAAGUCCUCGCAUGGGGAAAAUAUCACAAAAUCUGCAUCUUCAUCUCCUGGGCCAGUGAAGCCUGCAUCACCACAUACAUCUGGCAAGGAGAGCCAACCUGGAAUUUCUGUUGGUGGCAGUCCUGAUGCCCCUAUAACUAGGGAAGAUAGGAGCAGUAGUUCUAACCAGUCUCAUAGUUAUAGUCAGUCAAUCUCUAUUAAGGAGGAGGGCAGGAGUUCCACUGCAGUUUCAGCCAUUGCUGGUAGGAUAUCAAGCAGUAGUUCUCGUAACCGAAAAGGCAGUGGUUUUGCAGCGGUAAAUUCUGGUCAGAAAGAAAACAGUUCAAGCAGAAGUUCUUUAGCACACAGAAGUACUGCUUCAGAUAAGUUAUCGCAGUCUGCUUUAACAAGUGAAAGGGUUCUUGAGGGACCCACCAGUGAAGCUUGCCAUCAUAAGCUUGUUGUUAAGAUACCAAACCUGGUGCGGAGUCCCACACAAGGUGUCAGUGGUCCUGAGGAUCCUUCUAUUAUGAGCAGCCGAACUUCUUCUCCCGGUCUUUCUGACAAAGUCGAGCAGUUUGAUACUACUCCGAAGGAGAAAAGUGAUGCAUAUCGAUCUGACAUCAAUGUGGAUUCUUGUCAAAGCAAUGACCGAAAAGAUGCAUCUCGUAAUGGUGCUGCAUCACCUGCAGGUCUUCGUGAUGAUGAGAAAAGUAUGUCAAAUGAGGACUCCAGGAGUUUAUUAAUUGAAGGCCCGAAGAAGAAUGAUGUGAAGUCAGCAAAGUUGCAUGAAGCUUCUUUCAGCCCCAUGAAUGCUUUAAUUGAGAGCUGCGCUAAAUAUUCUGAAGCACAUUCUUCAUUGUCCCUUGAGGAUGAUGUUGGAAUGAACUUACUUGCUAGUGUGGCAACUGGGGAAAUGUCCAGAUCCGAAUUAGUUUCACCAACUGAUUCAACAGAAAGAAGCACCCCUGCAGUCCAGGAAGUCUCCUUUAGUGCAAAAUCAAAGUCGUCACCUGAAGAUCAGGUUCAAGGAUUUCAAAAUCAGCUUGUCAAUAAUGCUGAAAGUCACGACAAGAAGCAAGCUGCUUUAGAUGGUAGUUUAGGGUGUGAAGACGGUUCGAAUUUGCCUAAACAAGUAUCACUUGUGUGUUCUACUGAUAUAAUUUAUGGUCCAGCCCAUACUUCUGCAGAUCUACCUGUUAAAGAGCGCAAUAAACCUCUUGACUCUGUCAGUACAUACUUGGGAAGCACCAUGGACCCUGUGUUCCCCACUACAGAGAGGUCAAAUCAAAAUACAGACCCCAAUGACAAGAUAAGUGGUGGUGAGGGAAAUAAAGGAAUUCCGGAGGAAAAGGCCCCGCCAAAUAAUGUUAGUGCUGAUAAUAUUCUAAACUGUAAAGGUGAUGGAACUAAUGCUACUGACACUGAGCACAAGGCUGGUAAAGAUCUUUUAGAUACAGACAACGUGAGCUUAAUGGUUAAAGUUGCAUUGUUAAAUCAAUCGUGUGUUGAGGACUGCAAGAAUGAUGUAAAUGAAGGAUUGGAGAUGGGAACCCACUCUCAGCAGAAAUUUACUGCUACACAGAAAGCUAGUAAUGAAAAGCUACAACAAACUGCAGCUGUCCAGAGUCUAGUGUCUGAAGCUAGCAAUGAAGUCAAAGUUAGAGAAAUGGAUGAAAUGGAUUCAAGGAGUCCCAUGACCAGUGCUGAAAGAGAGAACUUUGGUAGGCCAGUUGACAGAAACACAGCUACUGAAGGCAAUAGUGUUGCUGAUUCGUGUUUCAGUAGUAAUGAUCUCAAGCGUCAUGAUAUGGAGGUCAACAUUGAUAAGGAAGAGAUUGCUGAUCAUUCACUCCCUGAGGGAGGAUUUCCUGUGCCUGUGGUCCAUGAAGCACAAAAGAAUGAUGAGUUGAGAGGAUCGAAGGCUGCUGGAGUUGAAGUGGAUGAAGCGGAGUCUGCUUCCACUGUUGGAGAGGCUUCUUCUGCUGCACCCGCAUCUGCUCAAGAUUCAAAAAUAAAGUUUGACUUAAAUGAAGGUCUCAUCUUUGAUGAUGGGAAAUAUGAGGAGCCUUUCAGUGUAAUAGCUACUGAUUCAACCAGUGGUUCGAUGAUUAACGCUCCCCCAUUUUCUGUAGAUCCCAUCCCUAGUUGCCAUCCUGGUUCCAUUACGGUGGCUGCUGCUGCCAAAGGUCCCUUUGUUCCUCCAGCGGACUUAUUGAGAAGUAAAGUGGAACUCGGGUGGAAGGGUUCUGCUGCAACUAGCGCAUUUCGGCCAGCUGAACCUAGAAAAGUUAUUGAAAUGGCGUUGACUUCCACAAGUUUGUCAUGUGAUGCUUCUACCAGCAAACAUGGUCGCACUCUGUUGGACAUAGAUUUGAAUGUGCCAGAUGAAAGAGUUCUUCAGGAAAUUGCUUCUAGAGACUCUGCAUUGGCCCUUGGUAUGGCAACUGAUUCCGUAAAUAAAUUCUCCACAUUGCUGAAAGAAAGCUCAGGGUCUAUACCAGUUCUCAGCUCCGGAGGGCUGGAUCUGGAUUUGAAUAGAAUCGAUGAAGCAACUGAGACUGAGACUGGCCAAUGCUCCACCAGCAGUAACCGUAUUGGAGAGAGUUCCAUGGUGCAUCUGAAACCUUUAAGUGGUCUACCUACUACUGAUGUUCAGAGGGAUUUUGAUCUCAAUGAUGGGCCAGGGGUUGAUGAUGCUAGUAUGGAGCAUUUAUCCAUCAAUCAACAAGUCAGGGUUCAUAUACCAUCUCAGCUGCCUUCUGCUAGCCCUAGAAUGAGUAAUCCUGGGCUUGGGAGUUUCACAUCUUGGUUUCCCCCUGGGUAUACUAACUCAACUGUGGCAAUUCCAACAAUAAUUCCUGAUCGUGCUGACCAGCCCUUUCCAGUUAUUCCACCUGGAGCACCACAGAGAACAUUUGGCUCCGCUGGUAUUGCUCAGUUCAAUCCUGAUGUUUACAGGGGAUCAGUCUUGUCAUCAUCUCCUGCAGUUUCAUUCCCAUCUAGUCCUUUCCAGUUCCCUGUGUUUCCAUUUGGGCCUAGUUUUCCUCUUCCAUCUGCCACUUUUCCUGUUGGAGCAACGUCUUAUGCUGAUUCCUCUUCAGGAGCAAAGCUGUUUGCUCCUCCUGUGAAUUCUCAGUUGUUGGGCUCAGUUGGUGCAAUCUCAUCCCAAUUUCAGAGACCUUUUAUGGUUAGUCUUCCGGACAGCAGCAGUUAUGGUGGAUUGGAGAAUAACAGAAAGUGGGGUAGACAGGGUCUAGACCUCAAUGCAGGCCCUGGAGCCGUUGAAAGUGAAGUCAGGGAGGACAUGUUGCCUCCACCAUCAAGUCAACAUUCAGUUGCCAGUUCACAAGCUCUAACAGAGGACCAAGCUAGGAUUUACUCAAUGUCAGGUAGUAUUUUGAAGAGGAAGGAGCCAGAGGGAGGGUGGGAUAAUGAAAGCUUCAGAUAUAAGCAGUCUUCAUGGCAGUAGGAACUGUACACUGCUCUACUGCAGCAUUCUUGUAAGUCCUUUUUUGGAGUAAUUACUGAAUCAUCAUCCUGCUGGGAUACUCCCUCAACCAAUGGGUGGUUAUCAAGUAGAUUUUUACAUGUCCGCUUCCCAAUGUUCAUCUCUUUUGGGCAUCGAGCUAUAUGCUGAAGCAUUCAAUGUGUAUGCUUUACAAACUGUAUUGGGAGGACAGAGAUCCUUAUCCACCUGUAUAUAUUUUAACUGCCGGGAAGCUCGAACUUCUGGCACCUGGAUACUGAAGAUGGAUGUGCAUAACAGUUUCUGCAACAUUUUCUGUCUAACCAUUCUGAGGAGGCUGGAUCUUGAAUUUAUAGAAGCCCUUCUGAAUUUGAACUUGCUGUUCAUCAUCUUUUGCUCUUUAUAAUUUCCUUAUUUCUCGCAAACAUAUUUAUAAUUAGAUUUCUACCGAGUUUUGAUACUAAGGCUUUUCAUCUCGCAUGGUUUAGUUUUUAUGGCCUCUUUGUAAGUUUUAGUUUGUUUUGACUGUCUUACUACCGUUGCAGGUUCAUUGCCAAGUGUUAAUCCACAACUCAAGAUCAGGUUCACAUAGCAAUGAUGAUAUAAUUGUUUUUAGGCC